UUAUAUAAAAAUAAACUUAUUUUAUUUAUCCUUUGUUUAACUAGACAAGUCAAUUACGAACAAAUUCUUAUGACAAAUUAGUGUGACUAAACAAAUGAACACUAUAAGCAUACAUACGAACAUGCUUGAUAAAUGGCAUUCAUCCGUCCCUCCAUGUUAAAACUGUUGUAAUCUCGUCCCCAGGCUCAAUUGCUACAGUAUACAGGUUGUUGUGGAGAGACGGCGACGGUUGGUGGACCGCUGUCACGACAAAUGCGCGGAGAGAUUCAGCGCGUGAAUUUGGCACGCAGUCAACGGUGCCAAGUAGAAUCAGACCUCUGGCUAGGAGUACAAUACGGCUUUGGAACUGAAGCUCCAGUCAAACUCUGCACUUCAACCUCACUGCCAACUGAAGCUCCAGUCAAACUCUGCACUUCAACCUCACUGCCAACUGAAGCUCUGAGCUUUCAGAACGACUAUUCAUUCCGGGACAAGACUGCACUGGUAAGGAGUGCUACUGAUCUCGACGCAAAUCUUCUGGCAGUCCUUCCCAAAGUUUCAGAUUUAAAGAAACAUUUUGAAAGUGUUGUCUCUAUUGAUUUGGAAAUGAACAGCAGGAAGGAGAGGAUAGCAAGGCAUCUAGAGGGUAUAGAGAGUGACGUUCCUCCUGCCCUGACGCCCAGCUGUGCCGGCCUGGUGGUCAACCGUAUCCUGGAGGAGGACCUGCCACGAUACACCCGGGCCUCAGACCCCUGUGAGCCAAUCAUGCUGAAACGUUACAGCAGAGAAGACAUGGAGAUCCCACAGAUGCAGGUGUCCUCCCCAGACAGACGGUCCAGGGCCAGCCCGGAGGACCAGCCUGGACCAGCCGCCCAGCCCCACACGGAGCCUGUCCUAUCCCUCCCUGGCGGCCCAGGGGACCCAGUCAGCUCCAAGGCUGAACGGAUCGCCCGCUACAAAGCCGAGCGCCGUCGCCAACUCUCUGAGCGUUACGGCGUCGUCCUGGAUCAGGAGAUCAACAUGGACUACUCCCCCCGUUACUCGCGCUCACGUAGAGAGUCUGACGUCUCCGACAGAGGGGCCCCAGCAGUCACCGAGCGUAGGAGAGAGAGAGAGGAGGUGGAGGAGGGAAGAGAAGGAGGGAGGGAGAGUUCUCGCAGGGCUCCCUACAGCUCCAGACUGGGCCGGGUCUUCAUGCAGGCUCACCCUGCUGAGGCUGAACAAGCUCCUUCCCCAGGCCACGGUUCUGCCCAUACCCUGGCCCCUCCGCCCACCCGGGCCACCACCUUCUCAGAUCGGGAGAGUAUGAUAAAUCUCGAGAACUAUCGGCUGGCCCAGGAGAGGACAAUGGCAGGAGGGCCCAGAGGAGCCAGCAGUAGGCCACAGGAUACCCUCAAUACCCAACCCCAGCAGACCCUUCCCCAGGCCAGCCCUCUGGACCAGCAUCUCAGUCCCCCUUCAUCCAGGGCCUCAUCCAGGGAGUCUUACAGAGUGGAUGCCGUCCCCAGCUCCCCCCUGACAGCCUGCCGAGCCUCCCUGCCCUACGGCAUCUCCCCCGGGGACCUGUUCGUCGAACAGCAGGCUCAGGCCGUCCUCAGCAGACAUGGCCUGGCAGCCUUGUCUCAGAGCGACUGGUCUCUCCAGACAGACUCCGAAGGUGAUGCUGCCUCUCAGUCUCUUAUCAGCUGGCCAUCCAGGUCUCAUCUGACUCCAAUAGAGUUACAGAACCCAGAAGCUGACGAAGACAAGCUUGAUGAGAGAGCUAAGAUGAGUGUGGCUGCUAAGAGGUCCCUUUUUAGGGAGCUAGAGAGGAUCACAGGUUGCGUUCCCAGACCACGGUCCCGUGAGAGGCGUCUGUUACGAGUCCAAGACCGCUCGCACACACAGCCUAUCCCCAACAAGGAAGUGGACAUCGCUCACACCUUGCAGGAGGCGUCGCAGCACGGCUCCAGGGUGCGGAGCAUGGGGGAGCAGGAGAGGGAGGCCCAGUCAAGGCAGGCAGGAGAAGGACCAGGGCCUGAGAGGAUGAUGGAGGACCUGGGUCCGGAUGAGCCUGACCUCUCCACUCUCAGCCUGGUGGAGAAGAUGGCCCUGUUCAACCAGCUGUCCACGCAGCCCUCCAAGCCUGCCGCUAAGGGGUCUGGGGCCUCCAGGGUGGACACCCGCCAGCGUAGGGCAAACUCCCGCUUCCAGACCCAGCCCAUCACCCAGGGAGAGGUGGCUCAGCUGCAGAAUGGAGACCGGGUCAAGCUAGAGCCGCUAUCCGUUUCCUUGGUCCGCUCCGUGGCAUCCGUCAGCUCACAGCGCUCGGUUGCCACAGUAACCACGGUGAACUCCGGCAUGGGUGACCACUUGGGGAAAUCUACGGCCGUCCCCUACAACCCCCCUGCCCCCACCACUACCACCCUGGACAGAGGAGGGGUGAGGUACUUCAGCCUGACCCAAGGUGGAGACUCCUCCAGUGUCCCUGAACCAGAUGUGUACUCCCCUGGCCUUUCCCUGUCAGAGCAGCAGCAGGCUCACAGCUCGGCAGACAGAGGAAGGGCUCCCGGAGCCAGUCGCUCGUUCACUGGCUACAGAGAGGAGGAGGAUGUAUCGGGAGGAGGGACCAGAGAGAAGAGGGAGAGCCGUAGUGGUCCUGGAGGCAGGGAGAGCAGAGACAGCAGGCAGCAGCGGUAUCAGCCCACAGCCCCUGAGCACCAGCCCCAGAGCACCACAGCCCCAGAGCCCCAGCUACCUCAGGCUCAGCAGCGGCACGCCAGCGGUAGCCACGAAAGGGACGCGGAUCACACCAGUGUGUCAUUGAGAACUGCCACAACAGUGGUGUCGUCCAGGAGUGUCUCUCACAGCGCCAGUGUCCAGCAGCAGCAGAUUCAGUCUUUCACCCAGCUUCCCCAGACUUUGCCCAAACCUUACAACCAACAACCCCCACAAACUCCACCCCAGCUCCAUCCCCAGCCUUACGCUCAUCCACCUCAGCUCCAUCCCCAGCCUUACGCUCAUCCACCUCAGCCCCAUCCCCAGCCUUACGCUCAUCCACCUCAGCCCCAUCCCCAGCCUUACGCUCAUCCACCUCAGCCCCAUCCCUUCACCCAGGCACUUUCAGCCCAGGCCAAGCCCCAGGAAAGGGAGAGGCGAUUCACCCAGCCAUUACCCAAGCCCUACUCUCAGAUAACCCCUCAUACUCAACCCAACGCCCAGUCCUUCUCCCAGCCUCCUCCGCCCCAUCCCCAGACCCUACCCGAGCCCACGUCCUUCCCCCUGUCCCUGGUCAAGUCCAAGUCCCUGCCUCUGGACAGCAGUGACGUCUUCGCAGGACACAGUGUGUCCAACCUCCUCUCCCCCGCCGAGACAGAGCCCUCAGAGAUGUCCACCAAGCAGAUGUCCAUCAAGGAAAGGCUGGCCCUGUUGAAGAAGAGUGGUGACGAGGACUGGAGGAACAGGAUGAAUAAGAAAAAGGAAGUGGUGAAGGUUUCUGUGACUGAGAGACACUCCACAGUACAGGGAUGGGAGGCAGCACAGACCUACAAGAAGAAGAGGAUGGGAAAGGAGAUGGAGAUCCAGGCUCAGAUGUCCAUCGAGGAGAGGAAGCAGAUCUCUUCAAGGGACGAGGCCUGGGAGUCGACAGGAAAGGGCGUGGCCAACAACUCUACCCAGUACACUGUGACCGAACACAUGGUCAAGAAAGGUCUGACAGCCUCUUCAGCCAUCAGCCCUAUCCUGUCUCCCGUCUCCACCAAACUCAAGAGCAGUGUGACUGGGUACAAACCUCAGGAGGAAAUCGAAGCCAGACCAGAGAUGAACUUGGAGUCGGAUAAGAAGCUGGAUAAAUUGGAGACCUUUUUGGGACGUCUGAACAGUAGAGUGGCAGAUCUUCAGGAGACUACUCUGACAGUGACCAAGAAGGCUGUGAAGGAGGUGAUGAGGAUGGACGAUGAGAUCUUCUCCAAGUUCUACAGUCACGUGGCUGAUUUCCCACGCAUGCCCAGCAGGAUCGAGAUCGACGAUGACUUUGAUGCCAUCUUUGGCACUCAGGCACCAAAGUUGACCUCCGCCUUAGCGCAGCACAAACGGGCUGUGAGACCGUCUAGGAACGUCCAGUCGUCUAAGAACCCUCUGAAGAUGCUGGCGGCCAGGGAGGACAUCAGACACGAGUACACUGAGCAGAGACUCAACAUCGGCCUCAUAGAGAGCAAGAGGAUGAGGGAUGAGAAGUUGAAUACUAGUACUCAGAUGUACUCUGAUGCGGCCCUGGCUGGGCUGCCCAGUAAGGAGAACUCAAACAACGUGAGUCUGAGGAGCGUCAACAUCUCCGAGCAGAUGUCUAACAACAGCGCUGUGCCCUACAAGAACCUCAUGUUGAUUCAGGUCAAAGGCCGCCGUCACAUUCAGACCAGACUAGUGGAGCCCAGAGCCUCAGCCCUGAACAGUGGAGACUGUUUCCUGUUGGUUACUCCUCAGCACUGUUUUGUCUGGAUGGGAGAGUUUGCUAACGUUAUAGAGAAAGCCAAAGCCUCUGAGCUGGCCACGUGUAUCCAGACUAAGAGGGACCUGGGCUGCAGAGCGAGCCAGAUCCAGACCAUCGAGGAGGGGGUCAACCCCCAGAACCAUGCAGCCACAGAGUUCUGGAAGACCCUGAGAGGGCAGCAGACCUACCAGUCCGCGGGGCCACUAGAGGAAGAUGAGCUGUUUGAAGGUGCCAUCGUGGAGACAAACUGCAUCUUCCGUCUGCUGGAGGAUAAACUGGUUCCUGAUGAUGAUCAGUGGGGGAAGGUUCCACGCAGCACACUACUGCAAUCCAAAGAGGUGCUGGUGUUUGACUUUGGCAGUGAGGUGUAUGUGUGGCACGGUAAGGAGGUGACUCUGGCCCAGAGGAAAGUAGCCUUCCAGCUGGCCAAACACCUGUGGAACGGAACCUUUGACUACACCUGCUGUGACAUCAAUCCUCUGGACCCUGGAGGAUGUAACGCACGCAUACCCUGGAAGGGCCAGGGGCGUCCUGACUGGGCCAUAUUCGGCAGGCUGACACAGCACAAUGAGACAAUCCUGUUCAAGGAGAAGUUUCUGGACUGGACAGACACUAAGAAACCACAACCAAAGAAUAGCAACCUACAAAUCACUGAGCAGAAGGAUUUGCCAGGGUUCGUGUGCAGGCCGUAUGAUGCAGCGUUGAUGCUUCCUGUACUCCAGACAGCUGUCAGCACGGUGUUGGAUGGGAUGAACGUUGGCCGAGGCCACGGCUCUGUGGAAGGAGAGGACAGGAUGAGGACUCUAGAGAUCAGCACAGUGUCUGUAGAUGUCUGGCACAUCCUGGAGUUUGACUACAGCCGGCUGCCCCAGCAGAGUAUAGGCCAGUUCCACGAGGGAGACGCGUACGUUGUGAAGUGGAAGUACAUGGUGAGCGCAGCAGUUGGCAGGAGGCAGAACCCGGAGCUGAGGAGCUCCGACCCGGUGAAAGAACAGGGCUGCUACUUCUUCUGGCAGGGACGGAACUCCACCGUGAGAGAGAAAGAAACGUCAGCCCUGACGACGGUGGAGCUGGAGGAGGAGAGAGGGGCCCAGGUCCAGGUACAGCAGGGGAAGGAGCCUCCUUGUUUCCUGCAGUGUUUCAACGGGGGGAUGAUUAUACAUGGUGGGAAGAGAGAGGAGGAAGAGGAGAACAUGCAGACUGAGUGGCGUCUGUACUGCGUGCGAGGGGAGGUCCCUGUAGAGGGACACCUACUGGAGGUGGUCAGUCACUGCAGCAGCCUGCGCUCCAGGAGCUCCAUGAUCCUCCUCAACGUCAACAAGGCCCUGAUUUACCUGUGGCACGGCUGCAAGGCCCAGCAACACACACGGCUGGUGGGCCUCAACGCAGCUCAGAGGAUCAAAGAACAAUGUCCUUUGGAGGCGGGGCUCCACAGCAGCAGUAAGGUGACCAUUACAGAGUGUGACGAGGGAUCAGAGCCCACGGGAUUCUGGGAUGCUGUAGGGAUUAAAGACCGGAAAGCCUACGAUUGUAUGCUGCAAGAUCCGGGUAAAUUCAACUUCACCCCUCGGCUGUUCAAGCUGAGCAGUUCUUCAGGGCAGUUUGUGGCUACAGAGUUCUACCACCCCUCCAGAGCUCCAGACAUGGUCAGCUCUCUGCCCUUCCUACAGGAGGACCUGUACCGCGCCUCCCAGCCUGCUCUGUUCCUGGUGGAUAACUUCCAUGAGGUGUACCUGUGGCAGGGCUGGUGGCCCCAGGACAGCGAGAACCCCAGCUCCACCAGGAUAAGAUGGGACAUGGACAGGAAGUGUGCCAUGGAAACGGUGCUGCAGUACUGCAUGGAGAAUAAUGAGAAGAAGUCUCAGAAGUCGUAUCUGAUCCAUGCUGGUCUGGAGCCUCUCACCUUCACCAACGUGUUCCCAAGCUGGGAGCACAGAGAGGACAUUGCAGAGAUCACUGAGAGGGAGGUGGAGGUGUGUAACCAGAUCAUCCUGGUGGAAGAUGUGCUGGCCAGGCUGUGCCAGAACACCUAUCCCCUGGCUGAGCUGUUGGCACGCCCACUUCCUGAAGGCGUCGACCCCCUCCGCCUGGAGCUCUACCUAUCAGACCAGGACUUUGAGAAGGGGUUGGACACGAAGAGAGAGGAGUACGAAGGAUUACCAGGGUGGAAGCAAGUCAACUUAAAGAAGGCUAAAGGACUGUUUUAGUCUAAGUUAACCUGACGAUGGUUGUGGAGAGGAGAAGAAAUUCAACAACUCUUGAAGGACAGUGGAAGUUGAUAAAAUACUUCUUUAUUGUUAAGGCCAACCUGUUUCAUCAGGUUGGUUGUGGAGAGAAGAGGACACAGAGACCGAUGUAGGCCACCAGGCGGUGUCACCCAUCCAGCCCUUCCCAGCGGUGUGACUGAACACCGCUGGCAGCACUUUAAAUCGGAGGAUGUGAUCAUCGUUUGGGUGGGAUGGAAUCAAUGGAACCGUAUCAAAUGCAUGGGUUUUUACAUGAGAGUUUGAUACAAUUUCAUUCACUCCGUUCCAGUCAUUAUUAUGAGCGUCCUCCCCUCACCAGCCUCCUCUGCUGAACACACUCUCAGGGACGAUAAGUGGGAGAAGAGGACAGAGGCUGGGUUGGGGGAUCUGCUAAGGUGUGCUAGCCUCAUGUAGCAUCGUGUUUUUAACUUUUAAUUAUGUAACUAUGUAGGAAAAUGAAAAUCCUGCUUAGCACAUUUUCUCAGUGGCUUAUCAGGAACUGUACAAGCAGGACCUGCUCUUUCUCUCUGUGUCUUUCUCUCUCUGUGUCUCUCUUUCUCUCUGUCUGUCUUUCUCUCUCUCUCUCUCUCUCUCUCUGUGUUUCAUACUGUACUACUGUGUAUGUAGACACUGUACUAAGUCUCCUAGAAGCACUUGCUAUGUCACCACUCCUGCCACGUGAGUUGAAGAGGACAGUCAGCAACUCUGGGAGGUCAGUGGAAGUUGUUAAAAAUGCUGCUUUAUUGUUUAAAAUAAACUUGUUUAAAACGACCCUUCAUCAGGGUUUUACACGUAGGAAAAUGAAGAUGGCCGACAGAACUCUAUACCAUGGACAUCAUCAAUGACAUCAUCAAUGACAUCAUCGGACACACCGCUGUGGUCUCUGGCUUGGUGGUGUUUGUGAAGUCUUUCACAGAUUCAGAAAGUAUUCAUACCCCUGGACUUAUUCCACAUUUUGUUGCCUGAAUUCAACAUCUAUAAAAUAGAUAUUGUUCUCACCCAUCAACACACAAUACCUCACAAUGACAGAGAGUUGAAAUGAAAUACAGAAAUACUGAGAAUACUUUGUAGAAGCAGCGUUAUUUUUUAUUUUUUGUAAACAUUUUGAAAUAAAUAAUUUCACUUUGACAUUAUGGGGUAUUGUGUGUGUGUGUGUGUGUGUGUGUGUGUGUAGGCCAGGGACCAAAAAAAAAUCUAAAUUCAAUCCAUUUUAAAUUCAGGCUGUAACACAACAAUAUGUGGACUAAGUCAAUGGGCUGAAUACUUUCUGAAGGCAAUGUACGUCAAUGUAUGUAAAACUGUAUUCAACUUGAAAGUUCUGUGUAAUAUCUGUGUCAGUAGGAACUUUUUUUUCCCCUUGUCUACGAUGUCUCAAAAGGUGAUAACAUGCUGAGUAUGUACCUUUUAGAUCCAAAUUCUCCGGUAUGGUACCUGGGCUGUCAUAAUGAUGUCUAAGCUUCACAGGUACCUGAGAAAUGUCAACGGUUGUAUUUUUACAGGCAUGGAGUUCUUCAUGGGGAAAAAAACGUGAUUUAUGUGAAUGUAAUAGUGCCUUGCGUUUGUUUACAGUUUAUAUACAGGAAUUGUCAUCUGCGUUUUCAAAGACUUUAGUGAAUAAACAAAAUUGCAAAUCCCAAAAUCUAAA